AUGGUACGCCCGAUCAAGAAAGUCGCUUUGGCCGGAGUUAACGGCAACCUUGGCCCUGCAAUUUUCCAACACCUAAGAAGCCGCUUCGAAAUCACCGUUUUAAGCCGCCAGGAUAGCAAUCACACAUUCCCACCGGAGUCAAAGGUUUGUCGUGUCGACUACAACUCGCCAAGCUCACUUAUAUCUGCCCUCCGGGGGCAAGAUGCGGUUGUCUCCACCUUGCCCGCCCUUGCUCUUAACCAGCAACACCAGCUCAUUGACGCCGCUGCUGCUGUUGGUGUCCGACGCUUCAUACCUUCCGAAUUUGGAUCAGACACAACCAAUCCAAAGUGCGCUUCGCUGCCCGUGUUUCAAGGAAAACUCUCGACGCAACAACUGUUGAAAGACAAAGUGCAUAGCUCAGGAAUGAGCUACACAGGUAUCACUACAGGCCCAUUUCUAGACUGGGGCCUCACCAAGGGCUUCAUGAACAUGGUGCAAAAGCGUGUUCAUCUGUACGAUGGCGGUGAUCGAGUCUUCAGUACUACGUCAUUACCUACGAUCGGACGCACUGUUUGUGCAGUCUUAUCCCGACCGGUGGAGACGGAGAACCGUAUGAUUAAGGUGCACGAUAUUGCAACUACACAGAACACAUUGUUCGCAAUGGCAAGAAAGGCGGUCGGGCCGGAUGGCUGGACGGUGGAAACCUCUCCACUCGCUACCAUGCUCCAAAGGUCUUGGAUAGACUUCCACGAGGGGAAGCAAGAGCUGGCAACUAUGCUUGGAUUCAUUGCUACCGCAUCCUGGGGAGAGGGGUAUGGGGGGUAUUUUGAGCAAACCGAUAAUCAGCUAUUGGGUAUUCAACAAAUGACCGAGCAAGAUGUUCAAGAGCUGGUGAACAACUUGUGGGGAAAGCAGCUGACUAGCAGCUCUCUUCCUUCACAUCAAUCAUUUUAA